AUGGAAAUUUUUGUUCAAGGUGCCGCAUCAGCACGCACUAGUUACGCGGUGCAACCGAGAGAGACUGUUCUACAACUGAAAGAGAAGAUAAGCAAAAAAACUGGAGAAGGCGUGGGCAGUAUCAUUCUCACAUACAACAAGGCUGUAUUGUUGGACGAGAAAACGCUUGAGGAAUACGGAAUCCAGGAUAAAUGUGUUGUACAUAAAGUCGUGCAGAUUGUGGGCGGUGAACUAUUCGACUUCUGCAAAUCUGAGAACCACACGGAAGCUGAUGUGGGUAAGUAUGCGGUCACCCCGUUUAUCCGGACGGGACCAACAACGAUAUUUUAG